UAUGCAGCUGACUUUCACCUUUUUUUCGUUUUGCAUGGAUCUGAUAAUAUGAAACCAUAUUCAGAGAUCCACGGUGGCUCCUCAGGGUCCGCCUACCGGCAUGCAAGGUUACACAGGACGCCAUCAAGGACCUCCAGCCCCUCUAGUAUGAAGCCAGGGCUGUGAUCAAUAUCUUAGCCCUAUUGAAUGGAUGAUGAGUGCUCUGUUAACCUUAUGAAUUUGAAUACGUGUCUUUUUUUGUUUAAUCGUUGUAGAGCGCCGCCAUGAACGGGGAACAUUCACAUCCAGGACGAGACUUGCCUCUUCCAGGUAAUGGCAACGGACAAACUUUGGGAUCACCAGGAUAUAUGGGUGAAGACAGACAACCCCAUAUCCCAGGGAUUAACAAUGGCGGUCCAAGACCGCCUACACCUGUUGGUGCUAUGCCCCAAAUGAUAUCCGGCGAUCGCGUGCAGGAACUACCUCAGCAACCUCCCACUUCUGGUCCAGGACACACUCGCCCUUCACGUGGACUACCUCAGAGUCCUGUACCUGAAGGUCCGGGAGGAUAUGCACGAUCCGGCUCUCCAGGUAUGAGCCAUCCUGGUAACGGGCAUGGCCAUGACCCUCACUAUGCGCCUCAAUACCCUUAUAGUCAUGGACCUCCACCUACCCACAACAUGAUGCAUAAUGGCCCCCCUCCUCCACAAGGGUAUGAACGACAAGACCCAAGUGCUAGGGGAAAACCUGAGCAGCCUCAGCCGUACCACCAUCAUCGUCAGCGUUCGGGAGACCUUUCAAGACCUGGACCCAUGGACGAAGGUCAUGGAGUCCCACAUCCUCAACGUCAUCAUCCAUCUGAUCCUCAUGCUCAUGCCCCAUCACCCCCUCGAGAAGAUCGCCGCGGACCCAUGACAGGAUCCGGUUAUAGUCAACAGAUGCCGCCAUCUCAUCACAGUCCUGAUGAGCGCUGGGCUCCUGGUCCGCAUGGACGCCACCCAUCAGACGAUCAAGGUCGAGACUUGUCCCGUCUGCAACCUGGGACUGACCGUGGGCAAGGCGCUCCUCGAAAUGCUGCUGGUCCUGAAACAUUUCCAGGGCGGAAUGAUAUGUCGCAACCCCAACCUCAACCUCAUAGUCCAGACGUAGAUAGAAGAGAUCAGCGUGCAAGUGAACAUCAUAGCCCGUCCUAUCCCCGUUCUGGCGCCGAGCAUCCGGGUAUGAAAGAUUCUAGGUUGCAAGGCGGAGGUUAUGAGGAUCAACAUCAAGUUCGACCCAGAGAAUAUGAACCUACUAGCAGUUAUCCAGAAGAUGGCAGAAAUCAGUCAAACUGGCAUUCGCAGGAGAAUAGUGGUGGCGGUUACCGUGUGGAGGAUCAAGAUCAGGAAGAUAUUGCCGCGUCAUUAGUGUCACUCAGUGGUAAAGGAGGCCCAAAUCGUCAUGGUGCUCAUCGCACACAAGACGAAGAUUAUGAUAUGCAAGAGGUAGAGCCGGUGUCCUCUGAAGGUCGUCGUGAACCAAUGCUUGAGGGUGAAGACGAGCUCAAGCAUGGUCGUGAGCAACAGCACCCACAACAUUUACAACAUUCGCAACACCCACAGCAUUCGCAACAUCCGCCACAUUCACAACGUCCACCAUCGUCCCUUGAAGAGCAAUCAUCGUUGGAUGUACGGGAACAGUACCAGCCAUCUCGCCCUACUUCGUUGUCGAAGCAACAGCAACAGCAACAGCAACAGCAACAGCAACAGCAACAGGAGGGGCAUCAGCACCAACAACCGCCAGUACAAGAGCACAUGGAUCGAGAGAUUCUUAGUGAGAGUCAGGGUGGAGAAACACCCAUGCGCCCGAACAGCCCGUCUCAGCCGACGCCUAUUGUAUCGGGCAGCCAGGCACGAGCAACUUCACCAGGACAUCAUGAAAGCGAACUACAGUCGACUAGCGCACUUAAUGCGUUAUCCGAGGCAGCGCAGGUUGCGGAUCCAUCUGCAACCAAUGACGAAUGUCAAGGAGUAGAUGCAACGUCGUCAUCAGAAUCCUUGGAAAAUGCAUCUGUUUUAAUGAGGAAAUCUAGCAAUGGGCAUGAAAGCUCUGUAGGGGGAACGAUAGCAGAGGCAGGUGAGACGACUACACCGUCGAUUGCAGCUUCAACAUCGAAUUCAGGAGAUUUAGUAACAGACGCUGCAGAAACCACAUUAUCAGCAGGCGCAGGUGUUCGAGCAGGCUCAUCUGGAACAGCACAGGCUUCUGAGACAGGAUCUAGUGGCAUAAACGAGGACGAAGACACGGAGAUGGAGGAAGGCGAAGUGCGUGAGGAUGAAGACGAAGUGAUGAGCUCUGGUGCAGUUGGAGCGAUGGGUCAGAGUAAGGAUGGAUCAAAAGGCGAGGACGAAAAGUAGGACUACCAUAUGGCGUUGAUAAUUGCUUUGUGUACUACUUCUAACGGCGAAGCAGGUCUUGCUGCAGCACAAUAAGUAGACAGAAAGGCAGACAGAAAAAGUAUACAGUCAAGUAGAUUUUUUUAUUUUAUUUUUUUAUUUUUUAUUUUUUUGCCAUGGAAUGUAGGCUACGGCCGAAAAUUCGAAUACCAAAAGCUUGU